CAUGUAGAUGCUUUAUUAUUAUCUAUGCAGUAUAUUGUAAUGUUUCAAGUAACCGAGGCGUACCGUAGUACCAUGUAGAUGCUUUAUUAUUGUCCUAUAUUUUCUUAGUGAAAACGGAAUUAGUGCUUUAUGUAUCUCCAAAAAAAGCUGGUUUACAGUUAUCCCUUUUGAAAACUGGGCGAUUUCCGCUCCGAACUAUAAGUGGAUCGUGAUGAUUAUGACUUUAGUAGAGGCGGCCCUGACAUGUAAGAUCAGGUGAGUCGCGAUACGGCUGAGUGAUAUCAACAGCGAUUUGAAUAUUAAACAGGCCGGUUCGCGGGAGGAAGCGUCUAACACUGUUCAAGCACGCGCCGUACAAUCAGACCAAUUGAUUCCAUCAAAAUGGCGGAAAAAUUCUCUAUCGUUGACUAUGUCGUGUUCGCCUUAAUGAUGCUUGUCUCAGCUGCGAUUGGGAUUUGGUACGGGUGUGGGCCCGGAGGAAAGCAGACAUCCACUAAAGAGUACCUACUGGCGGACCGUAAGAUGAAAGUAUGGCCUGUCGCUAUCUCGCUGCUCGUGUCUUACCUAUCAGCCAUCACACUACUCGGCGUCCCGUCCGAGAUCUACACGUACGGAGCGCAGUACUACGUACUGAUCAUCUCCUACUUCAUCAUCUGCGCCUUCGUCGCCAUCAUCUUUGUGCCGAUGUUCAGACGGAUUCAUAUCACCUGUGCAAACGAGUACUUGGAGCGUCGUUUCUCAGAGGGUGUCCGGAUGGUCGGAUGUGUGUUUUUUAUACUGGAAUAUACACUGUACCUAUUCGUGGUGUUGUACGCUCCAUCUCUUGCUUUGGAAGCUGUCGCUGGUAUCCCUCUCUCGGCGUCAAUCCUGACCACUGGGAUCGUAUGCACCUUCUACACUAGCUUGGGGGGCCUCAAAGCAGUGAUCUGGACAGAUGUUUUCCAGUCAGCUGUCAUGGUUGCGGGCCUGAUUCUGGUUGUUGUCGUUGGGAGUAUGAAUGUUGGCGGUAUUGGCAAGGUCUGGGAGAUCAAUGAAGAAUUCGACCGCCUUGAUUUCUUCGACUUCAACCCCGACCCCAAGGUACGCAACACGUUCUGGACUCUGACGAUCGGGGGCGCGUUCACCGCCAUGCCUGUGUGGACGGUCAGCCAGACUGCUGUUCAGCGGUUUCUCUCAGUGCCCAAUACUCAAGCCGCUAGGAAUGUUGUCUGGCUGAAUAUUCCUGGCCUGAUUUUGAUUGUCACUUUGUGCUGCCUGGAUGGACUGGUCAUCUUCGCGGUAUACUCCGGAUGUGACCUGCGUGAAGACGGAAAGAUUUCCAGUAAUGACCAGGUCUUGCCCUACUUUGUCAUCAACAAACUCGGACACCUGCAAGGCCUGCCGGGAAUGUUUACCGCUUGUCUUUACGCAGGCGCACUAAGCACCGCCUCCUCCGCCCUUAACGCGAUGGCUCUCGUCGUACUCGAAGACAUCGUCAAGAAAAGGAUGACGGACUUGUCAGACGGCGACCAGGCGAAGAUAUGCAAGAUAGUAGCUUUAUCGUUUGGCGUCAUUGUGAUUGGUGGAGCUUUCAUUGUUCAGUUUGUUGGUACCAUGGUGCUCCAGCUGGCGUACAGUAUCUUUGGUAUAUGCGGUGGUCCGCUUCUCGGCAUCUUUCUCCUCGGCAUGUUCGUGAGGAGGGCAAAUUCGAAGGGAGCCUAUGCUGGGAUAUUCUGUGGAGCGCUCAUCACAACCUGGGUGUUCAUAGGGUCUCAGUUCUACAAGCCUAACAAGUACCCAGGCAUGCGCUCUGUGCGCGAGUGCCCCUGGUAUAACCAGACGCUUGGCAACGAUACCAUGACCAGCAACAUGUCCUUCGCCAACAGCACGAACCCUUAUGGUGAUGGGCUCAUCUACAACAACUGGACACCACACAGCGACCCGAUAGCACAAUUCUAUAGCAUCUCCUAUCUGUGGUUCAGUGGUCUCUCAGUCUUCGUGUCUUUCGUGGUUGGAGCAGUGGUUAGCUUCAUUAGUGAGACGAAGAUUGACCGCGCACGCGCAGAAGAGCUGGACCCCAGGCUGCUGUUUCCCACCAAGGCUUGGUUGUGGUCGUUCCUACCCGGACACAAAUUCGAGUGGGACAUCGAGGAAGAAGAAGACGUUUCACCUGUCCCCUCGGUUAUAAUGAUUGGUGACAUAGAUCCUGACGACAAAAUACCUGAAGAAAAGCAGCAACUGAACAGAAAAGAAUGCGAGACUGCCAUGUAACGGCCAGCGGAUACUCGCAGUGCGCAUUCUUAUGUAUUGUAUCGUCGACUUGCUUCCUUGUAAUAAGGACUAGAUUCGAGUGUGCAUGUGAUUGCAAGGACGGCAGGUUUUCAAAACCUUUUAAAUAUGUUUCCAUUGCCGGGUCACGGCACUGUAGAUAUUAUUUCUGUUGUCCAAGUUUUUUUUAUAUUAUCACUUCUUAGUUAGUGGCUUUAUACGGACGUGUUUUUUCACAAUAACCAGUCAUUGUAACCACUCUAGUUUAGUUAACAGCGGUACCUAGCAUGUUUUGCGUCAUAAGUUUUGUUAUCUUAUAUUUUAGUCAAUAAAAUAAAGGACUAAAACAAACAAA